GUCCUUCAUCAUCCUCACCCUCAUCAUCCUCAGAGCACCAUGACGGGCGGAAGGGACGAGCUGAGCGAAGAGAAGCCCAGAGUCAAGCUGCUGUCUCCGGCCUUCGGGAUGGACAAGUCACGGCUGCACGGCUCCGGGUUCCGCUCCAAAGGCUUCGCCAUCACCGACCUGCUGGGUCUGGAGUCCGACCUGCAGGCCCGGCAGGUCCAGGUCCAGCAGCAGCAGCCCGGGGCGGCCCCGGGGUCGGGCCUGUCCGCGGCGGGGACCGGACCCGGGGCGGAGCCUCACGGAGCGGGCGGCGGGCUCGGCGGGUUCUCGUUCCCGGGCGGGUCUCUGCCGCUCGGCCUCGGGUUCCUGUGCAGCCUGGCGGCGCAGCAGCCCUCCGGAGCGCCCUGCUUCCUGCCGGGACACCUGCCGCUGCUGCAGGCCCGGGCCGACAGCCACUACCUGCAGAACCUGGAGGCCCAGAGGGACGCUUACUCCGAUGAGGAGUGUCUGUCGGACCGUAAUGACUCUAAAAGCUCCGCAAACUCUCAGAAGAGGAAGAAGAGGAGACACAGGACAGUGUUCACGUCCCACCAGCUGGAGGAGCUGGAGAAAGCUUUCCAUGAGGCUCAUUAUCCUGACGUCUACGCCCGGGAGAUGUUGGCCAUGAAGACGGAGCUGCCUGAGGACAGGAUACAGGUGUGGUUCCAGAACCGGCGUGCGAAGUGGCGAAAGCGUGAGAAGUGUUGGGGUCGCAGCAGCGUCAUGGCGGAGUACGGUCUGUACGGAGCGAUGGUGCGACACUCAAUCCCGCUGCCAGAGUCCAUCCUCAAUUCCGCCAAGAACGGCAUGAUGGGAUCGUGCGCCCCCUGGCUGCUCGGUGAGCCGCAUGCACGAAUGCACAAGAAGUCUCUAGAGAUGUCCAAAAAGUGUCCCAGCCCUCGGGAGUCUGACUCGACACGAUCAGACUCGUUCUGCGACGCCUCAGAGCGUCGGGGUGGCGGCGAGGUGAGGGAGGAGGAGGAGGAGCUACUGGAGAUGGAGGAGGACGAGGAGAUGGAGGAUGAGGUGGCCAUUGACCUGUCCAGCUCCUCCAAACAGCAGCAGCAACAGGAGGAGGCCGGGGGGUCCAUAAGGCCUGCCUCCUCACCACGGCGGCAGAGCAGCGGCGAAUCAGACGAACGCAGCUGAAGGUCGGACCAAUCAAAUGUAUACAGACUGAAGCUGUGGUGACCAUCUGAUGAUGGCGGCGGGAGCACAGAGAUCUGAUUGACUCUUCUUUCAGGGACCACAUGAAGAGCCAAUCAGAGAACAGCCAUUACAUCACUUGUUGCUUUGCAAUUUAUCAUUACGUUAAGUUUUUAGGGGGAAUUUCUGAAUGUGUGUUAGCAUGCUAAAAUAUUAACUUCAAGGUUAUAUUUCAUUAUACUGAUCAAGUUUACUGGUGCCAUUAAAUUUAACUUCAUAGUACUGCUAUUUAUUAGCAUGCUAAAAUAUUAGCUUUAAGGUAAUAUACAAAUCUUUACCAAAAUGAUAAAACAUAACAGCGCUAUUUUGACAUGCUAAUAAAGGUUAGCAUGCUAUAAUGACAACCUUUAGGUAGUAUUUUGUUAUACUCAUAGAGUUUAGAGGUACCAUUAUAUGUAACAUGAGAGCGCUACCAUUUUGACAUGCUAAUAAAGCUUAGCAUGCUAUAAUAUUAGCCUUUAAGUAAUAUACAAAUGUUUACUGGUAUGAUAAAAAUAUAACAGAGCUACUAUUUUAGGAUGCUAAUAAAGAGUUAGCAUGCUAAAGUAUUAGACUUUAUGUAGUAUAUUAUGAUAAUAAUAAGGUUAACUAGUUUCAUAAAAUGUAACAGUGCUACUAUUUUGGCAUGCUAAUUAAUGGUAGCAUGCUAAAAUAACAGCAGGGGAAAUUAUUUGCCAUGCUCACAUUUACAUUGUAUUAACAUUCAGUAGUAUGCUAAAAUAUUAGCCACUGGACAAUAUCUAUGCUAACAAAUAUUCAUUAUUAGUGAAUGUAUUAACAGCUGGUGGAUUUAAUUUUAGUGCCAGUGUUUUAGCAUGCUAAUUAACUGCACUGUGCUAAACGGUUAGCAUUAAGAUUGUAAUAGUUAUCAGCAUAUUAAAAUAUUGACCUGUGGGAAAGGUUUUAUCAUGCUAACAAAUAACAACUGGUGAUUAAAAAUAUAUUAUGAGAGUGGUAAAAUGCUUGUGUGUUAAUUAACAUCAGUAAGCUAAACUGUUAGCCUGCGGGUAAUAUUUUAAAAUGCUACGAAUACAUACUGGUAGAGUAUAAUAUAGCUAAUAUUUGAACACAGGCAUUUUAGCAUUAGUAUGCUAAUAUAUUAGACUGUGCACAAAAUUUUGAAACGCUAACAAAUGUUUACAGUAACAUAAAAUGUAAAAUCAGACAAGAACAGAUUGUCUUGUAGCAUGCUAGGAUAUUAGGAUGCUAAGAAACAUUUACUGGUAAUUGGAAAUGUAGCCUAAUCUUAAAGUGCUAAUUUUAUUCACAAAAUAAAUGUUAUUUAUUGUGUUAGAAAAAGUGAAACAAAUUCUGUCAGUGAACUGUCCGUGCUCCCGGGAUGAAACAUGCUAACGUGGACACUGCUGCCAUCGCCACCACUGUCGCCGCCACAGAGAAACCAACGUAGAGGAACGGGACUGAGAGUCUUUUCUAAAAGACGCGUGAACUGAAGGAGGGUGUAAAUAUCCUGUGUGUGUGCGUGUGUGUGUGUGUGUGUGUGUUUAGUAUUGUACUGUGCUGAGAGUGUGUUUUAUAUCUGUGUUUCCCUUUUGGAAAAUAAGAAGUUAUUUAAUGUUUUAAUCCUGUUGUGUUUUAUAUUUUGUCUGUCGAGCACUGAUGAGCCUGACUCAGGUUCUAUGAAUGAAUGUAAUCUAAAAGUAAUAUUUGAAAAAGUUUGUUUAUCAUUAUUAUUAUUAAUAUUAUCAUAUGUCUGUACAGCAGCAGGUUCGGCAGGUCGGUGAAUAAAAAACAAAGUAUUUUUUGAAUCAUUGGGAUUUUUUUAUUUAUUUAUUCGACUCAAACACUGAAUGGUUUCAUUUAAUUUGAAUUAAGAAUCAGAAUUAAUGAGCACUAACAUUAUGAUAGGCCACGUGUCACAGCUUCAUGUCCAUAAAACAGUUUUUAGAGAAUUCCUGGGAAAAAAAAUACAAGAGCAUAAUUAUGAGGCUAUCUAAUUUUUAAAUGCAAUUUCAUGUUUGAAAAUGCACAAUCUGGGCAAAAAUGUUCAUGAAUGACAAUUAACACGAAAACAGAAUUAUCAUUCUGCCAAAAGUUUAAAGACAUUUAUUGUUGAACUUUUCAUUUGAUGAUCGUCAAACAAAAUGUGAAUCCUAAACUUGAAUGAACUGAUAAACUGGAUUUUUAAAUUUGAACCCAGUUAUCUUUUUUCAGUUAUUUUAAUCCAGUGAAAUGUUUUAAUAGUUGAUCAACAAAUUGGUGCAAUUAUACAAACAGAUUUUGUAUUUUUGUUUCAUCAUAAACUAUGUGCCCACAAAUUUAAUUGCAUUGGGUUGAAUUAUUUUGUUUUAAUUUUGGCACCCACAGACUUCCGUAUUAAAAGAGUUCAACGUGAAAACAUUUGUAAUGUUUGAAGAUAUCUCUCCAAAAUACUUAAUUCUCCACUCAUCAUUACUUUGCAAAAAUAUUCUUGAAAUUGCAAAUUAAAGUGUGUCAUAUGUUCAAGGAUCAAUACCUCCUCAUAUAUUAUACACUUUACUAUAUUAUACCCAUAUCCCACAUAAUCUACCAUGUUAUAAUAUAUUAUGUUAAUAAGUUGUGAUUUGUUUUUCAUUUUAUUC